AUGGAUGUCCUAUUGGAUGCCUCUCCGGUAAAGUCUUAUCCACGACCUGGAUCAGCCACCGACACAACAGAACUGUAUCUACAUCAGGUACAGAAACAGCACCGCGUUGGUCAUGCACCAUCGCAACUAGAACAUGUCAGCCAACUGGACAUUGAUCACGUUUCGGGGUUCGUCCGACAGGCCACGAUUGUUUGCACACUCGGUGAUCGAUGGAACAAUGAUAAGAGUAUUGAAAGCAUGAUUCAGGGUGGAAUGAACAUCCUUCGUUUGAAUAUGAGUAUGGGCUCGUACGAGUACUAUGCGGAUGUUAUUCGACGUGUGCGUGCUAUAGAACAGGCCUCCAACUAUAAGCCUCCGGUGGGCAUCGCUAUAGAUAUAUCUGCACCGCCUAUACGCACAGGGAUAAUCAAUAACGAUGUCGAGGCGUGUGUCACGCUGAAGGAUGGACAGUUUGUUAAACUUACCGUUAAUAAUGAGUUCCAAAAUGCGACAUCAGAAGAACUCAUUUACCUGGACUCGCAGUACUUUCCGUGUCUUGUUCAGUGCGUCAGCGUGGGAGAUCGCAUCCAUCUGGAUGAUGGUAUGCUGUCUUUGAUAGUACGCGAUGUGACGUCCACUACAAUAAGUUGUCUGGUUGAACAGGGUGGUCAACUUGGUGGUGGCAAACGUGUCGACUUACCGAGCGAACGACUUUAUCAGAAGACAUUCAAGACAACCUACCAACGUGACUUGGCCUUUGCCUGUGAAUCGAAGGUGGACUAUGUUUUCACUGAAUACUCCUUUACACCCCAGCAAAUAUCGGAGGCAAGGGCCAUUUUGGGUGAUAAGAUCAGACUGUUUGCCAAGGUACAAAGUAAAGAAUCUAUUCGCAACUUACUUGACAUCAUCUCUGUUUCGGACGGUAUUAUUGUUGGUCGGAACGGUUUGGGUCUUGUCUAUCCCGCUGAGAAGAUUUUUCAACUGCAAAAGCAGAUUAUUGCAAUAUGCAAUCUCAUGCAAAAACCUGUUUUCGUGAUUUCCCAACUGUUGGAAUCGAUGAGAUUCAAACCACGGGCCACGCGAGCAGAAAUUAGUGACGUGGCUAACGCGGUGAUUGACGGUGCAGACGGACUUAUUCUGACCGUGGAGACCUCACGAGGCUUGUUUCCCAAAGAGGCAGCGCGUGUCUUGCACAAGACCUGCCGUGAGGCAGAAUCGGCCAUAUAUCACGAAAAGUACUCUCGAGACCUGAAAGUAUCGCGCGACAUACACGGUUUAUCUCCGAGGUCAGAUCCUGCCUACUUGACCGCACUGGCUGCUGUAGAAGCUUCAACUGCCUCACGUGCUUCGGCAAUUUUCGUGGCCACUGCCACCGGACAGUCAGCUAGCACUAUCGCCGCGUUCCGACCCUCUUGUCCAGUCGUCGCCGUCGUGAGAGAUGUCCAAGUAGCCCGCUGGUGCCACUCUUUUCGUGGAAUUCAUCCUUUCUUAUAUCUCGAAGAACAACUUGAGGAUUGGUGUGAAGACAUGGACGCAAGCAUGAAUGCUGCAAUCGACUAUGCUCGUUCUCGUCUGUUCGUUUCCGGCGGCGAUCGGGUCGUGACAGUGACUGGAUGGAAAGCCGGCCCAGGAGCAACAAACACCGUGCGCGUGGUCGACUUGCCUGCAGACGGGAAACCUGUGUGUAUUGUGAAUUCACUGUCCCGAUUUGAAGUUGGAACUUGGGAUGAUUAG